GAAGGAUGACAUGUUUUUUGGAUAAUCAUUUUAUUUUCCGACAAAAGCCUUUAUUUGUUAAUUUAAUACGCCCGUGAUGUAGCUGUCUUACAAGAACAGACUUAAUAGCCCAUAUUCUAUGGAGGAUGGAGGGUUUUGAGGUCAGGACGUUAAGCUCUGCCAAGCACGGACAUCAUGUCUUGCAAGGGCUGCAGAACAUGCGCAGGCAACAACUGUUUUGUGAUGCUCAUUUAAAGGCCAAGGAUGGCGAUGCUCUUGAUGUCCACAAAAUUCUUCUUAUGAGCUGCAGUCGAUUUUUCCACAGCCAUUUCACUAGCAACCAUCGAAAGGCUGAAGUUUUAAAGCUGCCAGAAGCCUCAUACAGGAGUUUGUCAGCUCUGCUUGACUUUGUAUACACAGGUGACUUAGUGCUGACUGAAGAAAGUGUGGGGAGCAUCCAGGAUUUAGCCGUACAGCUCCAGCUUGAUGACGCCACAGAUCUGUGCAAGCAGUUUUCUCUGGUCAAAAGUGAUAAAUUUGUAGCAGAAGUGACCUCGAUAACUAGCCUCUCAAGUAAUGAUCCAAAACCUUUGGGCGACCAUUCUGAUGAUGUUGAUGAAGAAGAACCGAUCGCUUUAAAGUCUCCUGACAUAACGCUCAGUAUAAAUGCCGAAUCGAUCAAAUCACCAAAGAUUAUAAGGUCCCAAAGGAGUAGUGCAGGGGUUUGCGCUAUCUCUAGCUCUGUUUUACAAAAUCCUUGUAACUCACUUGAACAGUGUGCAGAAGCUGGUGUUUCAGGUGCAAAGUGCAGAAAACCUGGCAGACCUCAAACUGCUCAGAUUGCUGAUGAAGUGAAGGAUUUAUACAAGUCCCGUAGAGCCAGAAGGAAAUGUACCACCCCAAAAAAACUACAAGAUUUCACUUUAGCAUCCGGAAAAUUGGAGAAAAGUAAUACAUGUAGUGAUAAUAAUGUUCCAUCACCUGUUCCUGUGAAGCGGGGCCGUGGACGCCCCAAGAAGGUGGUGAAACUGGAAGAGGAAGGGAACAAUAAAUCAGCUGGUGUUACUGACGUGAAAGCUUGUCCUACAGAACCGAAGAGAAAGCGGGGCAGGCCCCUUGGUUCCAAGGGCAAGAAAAAACAGGCUAGCAUCGGAGCAAUAGACGAUGUGAAACUUCAGGAAACCAGGCUCACAGAUAAGGGCAGUAGUAAAUGUGAAACACCAAAGGAUGAAACUCAGUGCAUUGAGAAAAUUAUACCCAUCAAUAAAUAUAAGCGCAAACACAAAUGUCGGCGCUGCAGGAAAGAAUUUGAUUCAGUCGACCUGCUGGAAAAACACCGCAUUCAGUGUCGGAAAGUGCAUAACUUUGAUCAGUCCGACAAGUACAAGAGAAAACGCUGUGCCAAAUGCCAGAUUGAGUUUCCUGACUUUGAAAGUUAUCAGGAGCACAGGGAGACCCACAAGAAGGAGAGAAAUUUGACCUGGAAGAAGAAGCCUCACAUCUGCGACAUUUGCGAUCAGAGCUUUCGAUAUGAAAGCUUUUUAGCAUGUCAUCGCUACAGUAAACACAAGAUAUCAUUUGAUGAGUCCAAGCAUAAAGUCCUGACCUGUCCAGUGCCUACAUGUGACUUUGCAACCUUGAACAAGUGGAGAUUCCGAAUUCAUUCAGAGCAACACGGGGACCAGCGACCAUUCGUAUGUGACGUGUGCGGGAAGACAUUCAAGGUCAGCAGCUCUCUGACCACCCACAAAAAAUCCCACAACCAGGAACGCAGGUUCCAGUGUGAAGAGUGCGGAAAAAAGUUCCUACAGCUCAGUGGGAAAGAACAACAUGUAAAGAGGAUUCACAAGAAGGAGAUGUCUUUCCUCUGCCAUCUCUGUCCGUACAAAUGUUUUGUGAAAAGUGAACUGCUACAGCAUCUACACAAAGACCAUCAGAUUCCUCUACCGAGUAAAUAUGUGCGAUACAAGUGUGAGCUGUGUGACUUCAUGACGUUUAGAAGGUUCCACUAUCUGAAUCACAUGAAUAUGCAUGAAGGUAACCGGAUGUAUGAAUGUGAACUGUGGCAUGUAACCGGGUGUAUGAGUGUGAACUGUGUCAUGUUUGAUUUGGUCAUUGCAGGUAACCAGGUGUAUGAAUGUGAACUGUGUCAUGUAACCAGGUGUAUGAAUGUGAACUGUGUCAUGUUUGAUUUGGUUGUUGCAGGUAACCGGAUGUAUGAAUGUGAACUGUGUCACAAGAAGUACACCAGCAAGGUCGUUCUCAGAUGCCACAUGCAGUUUCACAAAGAGCCGCGUCACAAGUGUCCUUGGGAAGGCUGUAAGUACGCUGCGGUCCAGAAAAGACGGCUGAACCAACACAUCCAGUUGAUCCACACUCAUAAGGAUGUAAAACCAUUUGAGUGUCACCUGUGCACAUACAAGUCUGCAUUAAAUGGGAACUUGAAACUUCACUUACGUAACGUUCAUCACCUCAAUCUUCCCAAACGCCAGAUGGUGAAGUGGAAAGGGGAGACCACUGUGUCUGAUAACGUGGAAGACGAGGUCAGCUCUUCAGUGGUUGCAUAUGAUGAAAAGAAUCCCACGCUGUUGUCCAUUAACCGCUCUGAUAUUGUAAGGUUAGCCGUUGCCAGCUGUGAAGACAUUAGCCCUGUGGCCACUCCAGAUGUGGAGGAGAACACCACAGAAACAGUGGUUAUUUACACCACGGACCCAAUGCUUCCUGCACAAGUAACCGCAGCGCAAGUAUUGCAGCAGCUUAGCAGCGGUAAUCCCAUCGGGCACGCCCCCUCCACGACAGUUACUGAGACGGUAACAAUUGUAUCGCAGGCAGGCACGAUCAGUCAUCUUUCAGAGGCAUCCCAGGAACAUGAACUCUCAGUGAAGAAUGAAAGAGGGGAGAUAAUCCAUAGGUCAUAUGGUCACAUGGCAGGGGAGAUAACAACAGGUGUAGCAGAGGACAUGAGGAGUGAUCUUAAUGCAGAGAUCCACAUACCAGUGAGUAAAGAAUUGUCUCAAGAUACAAGACAAGACACACAUGCGAGGCAUUCAGACAUGGCAUCUCGUGACCUUCAGAGUGAUCUGACCCAUCUCAGCCAAGAUCUGAACUCACAAAUUUAUGUCACCAACAGAGAGGUCAACGAUGGGAUGAUUAGAGAAAUGCAGAUGGGGGAAUUGUCCCCCAAUAGAGAUGGGUCAGGUGACGUGAGAGCGACUUCGACCUCUGACCUGGGUCGUGACUCCCAGCGUGACUCCGGACUGGUCAUUCAGGAAAUCAUGAAUGCUCAGUACCCGCCAGAAACUUUCCUUCCUGAUUCAAGAAAUCUAAACAUCAUGAUACAGUCCAUGGAAAAUAGAGAAGGCUUUGUUUCUCAACCAAACACCUACUGGACACAGUACUAAUGGUGACCAAAGAUCAUGUACCAGGAAUAUGUCAGAUGAACAAGCUUAUUCAUGGUGCAGUUCUAACUAGGUUCUCCAAGAAGCCACCAGUAGUAAAAGUGCACUUCUAACUUGGUUCCCCAAGAAGCCACUAGCAGUAAAGGUGCACUUCUAACUUAGUUCUCCAUGAAACCACCAGCACUAAAGAUGCACUUCUAACUUGGUUCUCCAAGAAACCACCAGUAUUAAAGGUGCACUUCUAACUUGGUUCUCCAUGAAACCACGAGCAUUAAGGAUGCACUUCUAACUUGGUUCUCCAAGAAACCACCAGUAUUAAAGGUGCACUUCUAACUUGGUUCUCCAAGAAGCCACCAACAGUAAAGGUGCACUUCUAACUUGGUUGUCCAAGAAGCCACCAACAGUAAAGGUGCACAUCUGACUUGGUUCUGCAAGAAACUACCUCUUCCAAGUGGGUUCUCAAAGAAGCCACCAGCAGUAAAGGUGCUCUUCUAACUGAGAUCUCCAAUAAGCCACCAGCAGUAAAGGUGCAUAUCUAACUUGGUUCUCAAAGAAACCACGAGCAGUUAAAGAUGCACUUCUAACUGGGUACUCCAAGAAGCCACCAGCACUAAAAAAGUGCAUGUUUAACAGG